AUGAACAAGCACCAGACAAGAUACAUCUCGAACCUGAUCGAGAAGCUGUGUAUCGAUGUGCACAGUAUCAGCUUUUCCACCGCCGAGAUAUCCGAUCUCCAGUUCCAGGAUUAUUUGGAUGUCACUGGCUCCAAGAACCUUGUCUUUUCGCUCAAGGAGCUAUCCAUCCCUAUCAACCUGCAUUGGCACGAACUCGACGCCAUCUUUCGCUUUCUCGGAUAUACACCUUAA